GGUCAUGUGAUCAGCUGUGUCCAAUGACAGAGUAGAGGAGAGCCCGUUAUCGGCUUUCCGCGGAGGGGACAUGUACACUGAUCAUCAGGGCACUGAUGAUCAGUGUGCCCUGAUGAUCAGUGUGGCCCCAGAAGUGCCACCUGUCAGUGCUCAUCAGUGCCACGUGCCAGUGCCCAUCAGUGCCACGUGCCAGUGCCCAUCAGUGCCACAUCAAUGCCACAUAUCAGUGCAUACCAGUGCACAUCAAUGCCACAUAUCAGUGCCCAUCUGAGCUGCCUUUCAAUGUCACCCAUCAGUGCCAGUCAGUGCCACCUAUCAGUCCUGCCAAUCAGUGCCACCUAUCAGUGCCAGUCAGUG